AUGCGGAGCCUCUCCUCUCUCUCGCGGCGGCCGUCGCCGAUGUUGCUGCUGCUGCUGUCGCCGUGGUCAGUCUGGGCCCAGUUGUCCGCCGCGGCCGCCUCCUCGGGAACCCCAGACACCCCGGAGUGCCCGGAGGCGUGCGCGUGCGCGCCGGGCGGCCAGGCCAACUGCUCGAGGCGCGCGCUGCCCGCCGUGCCUGCGGGCCUGAGCCGGCGCGUGCGCGCGCUGCUGCUGGACCAUAACCGUGUGCGCGCGCUGCCGCCCGGCGCUUUCGUGGGCGCUGACACGCUGCUGCGCCUGGACCUGCGCGAGAACGGGCUGCGCUGGGUGCACGCGCGGGCCUUCUGGAGCUUGGGCGCGCUGCAGCAGCUCGACCUCAGCGCCAACCAGUUGGAGGAGCUGGCGCCCGGCACCUUUUCGCCCUUGCGCGCGCUGCGUUCCCUCUCGCUGGCAGGCAAUCGGCUGGCGCGCCUGGAGCCGGCGGCGCUGGGCGCGCUCCCGCUGCUGUACGCGCUCAGCCUGCAGGACAACGAGCUGCCUGCGCUCGCGCCGGGACUGCUGGCCGGCCUGCCGGCUCUCCGCGCACUGCGCCUGCGCGGCAACCCUUGGGUCUGCGGCUGCGCGCUGCGUCCGCUCUGCUCCUGGCUGCGCCGGCACCCGCGGCCGGCGCCAGAGGCCGAGACGCUGCUCUGCGUGUUGCCAGGGCGCCUGACGCUCAGACCCUUGACCGCCUUAACGGACGCCGCCUUCAGCCACUGCGCGCAGCGGCUCGCCCCCCGGGAC